CCAGUUCCAAGUACGCAUAAAGGAAGUGUAUUCGGAGCAGGGCAGCAGAGGCGCCAAGAAAAGCAUGAGAACAUUUACCUCAUGUGACGGUCUUUCCAUUCGCGUGGGGGAGAACGCGGCGGAGAAUCAGCGGCUUUGCAAACAGGCAAAGCAGAACGACCUUUGGUUUCAUCUGGAAGGACAGUCGUCUCCACAUGCCAUAUUAUCAGUGGGAGGCGGAAAACAAGGAAAGAACAACGCGUUGCGUUCUUCGUUGCACGAAUGCCAGCAACUCGUGAAGCAUUUUUCGUCAGCGAGAGAAGCAAGGUGCGCGUCGGUCAUCUGGAUUGAGGCUAAGUGGGUGUCAAAGAAUGGCGUAGAGGACAAGGUGGGGGCUGUUACCCUGAAAAAGACUCCGAAGAGGACAAGUGUUGUCGCGGAUGCGGGGACGAUAGAAAGUUUAACGGCUGCGAAGAAACGUGAGUAGAAGCACUGUAAUUAGCGUCUGUAAAUGAUUGGCGCGAAAAAAGUGAUUCAAAAAUUCUCCUUUUUUUGACAUGCUCCCGCCAAAACACUCGUGACAGGCGAUCACCGAAACGG